GAUACGGGAUCCAAGGCCAGGUGGUGGGAUCGUCUUUCGUACUCCAUCGAGGCUCCACCGAACGAAAAAAAGAAAGAAAGAAACUUUUAUCGCUCUAUUUGUAAACAGUAAGCCAGUACAACUGAACACGUCGUCGUGCAUUAUUGUGUUGCGGCACCGUCCUUAUCUCUACGAGCCGCAAAACAGAGUCGAAUUCCGUGUGAAAAGCCAUACAUACAUUUUAGGUACGGUCGUACAGCGAAUUGGUGACAGAAAUCGGACCAUUGUUUCUAUUAUAUCCAAAGUUCAUGCUAAUCGACGACGACGCUUUCAAAAAAUGGUUAUUUGUGGGAAUCGUAUAUAUCGGAGAGCCGCACGUUAAUUGUCAGCAGCAACGAUAAAGCAAUCAUAGAAUUCAGAUUGUUGAGACGCCUGGAUACAUACGAUCCGUAAAUAGCAGGAAAGAGAGACCAGAAACAAAGGAAUCGUGAACUCAACAAAUUAGAGCAGAUAUGCUACGAUCACCGGUGGUCAAAAAGCUCUCUGGGUCUACAAGUUUAUCUUACCAUGCAGAAAUACAAGCUGGCGAACAACAUGUGACAGAAUUUUCAUGGGCAUUGCGGGAUUGGAAUCUUCUCUAUGACAGUGUAUAUUCACAAGGAGUGCUAUCCGAUUCCUUCCCGCUCAAUGGCAUAAAUCAAUGUACUUGUCAAUUGUCUUUAUAUCCAGGGAAUUCAAAAAAUCCAUUGACUAUUGAAUUCUCGGAUCCUACUCGUAUUUUAGCAGUAAAAAUUAUUUUGAGUAAUCAUGUUACGCAGAAAUUCGAAAAUUGCUACUCACAUCCAGUUGCAAAAAUAAUUCAUCCUUCGGGUAUCCACAUACAACGUAAAAAUCUCAAGCUGAGUGUUCUCAUGUCGGAUGAUACUACCACGCGUUUGUUGAAUACUCUACAGAUUAAUGCGCAGUUUACAAUCAAAACAUUUCCCAAAAAUAGUGACUCUUUACUUCUAAAACCAAUUUGUUCUAAAACAAAUGUCUUAAGAAAUAUGGAAACCAUGCUUAACAAGAAAACCUUAUGCGACGUUACUUUUGUGUUCGGUUGGAAAAAAUUACCUGCCCAUAAAGCUGUUCUCGCAGCUCAGAGCAAAGUAUUUGAAAUGAUGUUUCAAAGUGAAAUGAAAGAAAAAGAAACUAGUACAGUUGAAAUCACUGACAUAAAAGCAGAAGUUUUUGAGAAAUUCCUCGCAUAUUUGUACAUUGGAGAAGUUAAGAACUUGGAAAACAUGGCUGUAGAAAUGAUUCUGGUGGCGGAUAAAUAUGAGGUUUAUGACCUGAAGCAGUUGUGCGAAAAACACAUGUUGGUCAAUCUCUGUGAUAAAAACGCUGUGGAGUAUCUUAUCAUUGCGGAUAAACUUUGCUGCAAAACACUUAAAACUAGAGCUAUCAACUUACUUAAAUGCAGUGGAACUGCAUGGGUGCAAGCAAUUUUGAACGAAGAUCUCGAAACUUUCGUGAUCUUGAGACAGAUAUUUUCCAACGACUGCACAUAGGAGAUUGGAAUUUCUAUCCUAUAAAUAUCAGGACAACUUUCCUAAUUUUUAUAAUCACCUGUUUUAUUGAAAUUAAUAAUGUCGUACAUUAAAUGCGUAUUAUGCAGUGCAAAUGACAAAUCGAUGAUAAAUAUGUGUAAUAAUUCGACUUAUGGUCUGCGUACCGACGUUUUAUUUUACUUUUCCACUACUUUUCACUUCUGAUUUUAAUUCGACUAACACACGUCGAUUUCGAUGAAUUUUUUUCCCUAUUUUAUCACAACGAAUAACCAUAUUUCAUCAAACAAAUUGCAACUGAUUCCAAUUUUUUAAGCUUUCUGGUCGAUGUGUGUAAUUCAGCGUAUAUGCGUAUUGAUGAUUUAAACUAUAAUACUUGCAGAGCGUUAAUAAGAUGUUGAAACCCUACUUGAACGAUUACUAGAAAAUCCUUUCCUUCGACUCUCCCACCUUUUUUGUUAUCGGUCAAACCGUGUCAAAAAAUUCCAACUCUGAAAAUCCGAGGUGGGUUCAUGCGACUGAUCCAUUCUCUUGACCACUUAUUUUUAAUGUUGUGAAAUGCAAACACAGUGGUGUACUGGAAAACCAAUUUUGACUCCAUUUUUUAACUAAAUGUGCAUGCUUCAUUUUCGAAUAUUUCAUUAAGCUAACACACUAAUUAUGAGUUAUGUUAAGACUACCAUAGUAUGAGUGAAUAAAAUGGUUUUUAGUAUGAUUGAUUAUCUUUUGCUCCAAUG